ACACUGCAAGGUUCAGAGAGAAGAAUCAUGAUCAGCAACAGUGGGUCCCAGCCUUCAGCAGUGCAGCUCUGCUAUGAGAACAUCAAUGGGUCCUGCAUUCAGACUCUCUACUCCCCAAUACCCCGAGUAAUCCUCUACCUGGUCUUUGGCUCUGGAGUUGUCCUGGCUGUCUUGGGAAACCUUCUGGUCAUGAUUUCAAUCCUUCACUUCAAGCAGCUGCACUCUCCAGCCAAUUUUCUCAUUGCCUCCUUGGCUUAUGCUGACUUUUUGGUGGGAGCCACUGUGAUGCCCUUCAGCAUGGUGAGGUCAGUGGAGAGCUGCUGGUAUUUUGGGGAGAGUUACUGUAAACUGCAUACCACUUUUGAUGUGGUAUUUUGUUUUGCUUCUCUCUUUCACUUGUGCUUCAUCUCUAUUGAUAGAUAUAUUGCUGUUACAGAUCCUCUAGUCUAUCCAACCAAAUUUACCCUCUCUGUCUCUGGGCUAUGUAUUACUCUCUCCUGGACCAUCACUAUGACUUACGGCGGUUCUGUUUUUUAUGCAGGUGUCAAUGAUGAUGGGCUGGAGGAGUUAGUAAGUGCCCUCACCUGUGUGGGAGGCUGUCAGCUUGCUGUGAAUCAAAAGUGGACCAUAAUUCAUUUUUUGUUGUUUUUCAUACCCAGUCUGGUUAUGAUUAUUCUUUACUCUAAGAUUUUUCUUGUGGCUAAAUUGCAAGCUAGAAAGAUUGAAAACACGAGUAAUAAAGGGGAAUCUUCAUCCUCAGAGAGUUACAAAGCCAGGGUAUCCAAGAGGGAGAGAAAAGCAGCAAAAACACUGGGCAUUGCUGUGAUUGCAUUUCUAAUUUCAUGGUUACCCUACUCACUUGAUGCAUUAAUUGAUACUUUUCUUGGCUUUGUCACCCCUGCCUAUAUCUUUGAGAUUUGCUGUUGGUUUGCUUAUUAUAACUCAGCUGUGAAUCCCCUGAUUUAUGCUUUCUUUUACCCUUGGUUUAGGAAAGCUAUAAAACUCAUUGUCACUGGCAAAGUCUUACAGAAUGGCUCUUUGGUCAUGAAUUUGUUUUCUGAACAUGAAUAA